AUGGAUCGCUGUGGGCCCCUUUUCCUCUGCCUAUGCCUCCUGGCAGUACAGAGCAUGACAGCAGAGACAUCACAAGCACUCCUGCGCUGGAUGGAGAAAAUGGAGGUGGCCAGGGGCCGGAAACUGCCUUCUUCUUUUGCCACGAGGCAAGUCCACAGCCUGGAGCAGAUGCUGCUGGAUGUCAGUUUCUGGGGCUCCAACCUGACCCUGAAGACGCGCACCAUCCAGUCUCUGGCCUUCAAGCUGGGCUGCAACUUCACUGGCCUCUCUCUGACCAGCACGGCCCUGGAACUGGUGCCCCAGGCCUGGAACCCCCAUGCCAUGCAAUUCCCCGCUGAUCUGACCCGAGAAGCCUGCAGGACCCGCCCCCGGCAGCUGCGGCUCAUCUGCAUCUACUACUUCACCAACUACUUUUUCAAGGAUGAAGACAACUCAUCUCUGCUCAAUAACUACGUCCUGGGUGCCCAGCUGAGCCACGGGCCCGUGGAAAACCUCAGGGAUCCGGUCAACAUCAGCUUCUGGCACAACCAAAGCCUGGAAGGCUACACAGUGACCUGCGUAUUCUGGAAGGAGGGAGCCGGCAAGCACCACUGGGGAGCCUGGAGCUCUGAGGGGUGUCGCACAGAGCAGCCCUCGCCUUUCCACGUGCUGUGCCACUGCAACCACCUCACCUACUUUGCUGUUCUCAUGCAGCUCUCCUCGGCCCCGGUCCCCGCAGAGUUACUGGCUCCUCUCACGUACAUCUCCCUCGUGGGCUGCAGCAUCUCCAUCGUGGCCUCGCUGCUCACCAUCCUGCUGCACCUCCACGCCAGGAAGCAGAGCGAUUCCACCACCCGCAUCCACAUGAACCUGCAUGCCUCCGUGCUGCUGCUGAACGUCGCCUUCCUACUGAGCCCCGCGCUGGCCAGGCCCCCAGUGUCCGGGGCAUGCACGGCACUGGCCGCGGCCCUGCAUUACACGCUGCUCAGCUGCCUCACCUGGACGGCCGUCGAAGGCGUCAACCUCUGCCUCCUCCUUGGGCGCGUCUACAACGUCUACAUUCGCCGAUACAUGCUCAAGCUCUGCGUGCUGGGCUGGGGGGUCCCGGCGCUCCUGGUGCUGCUUCCCCUUGCUGUGAAUAGCUCAGUGUAUGGACCUCGCACGAUCUCCUUCUCCGACAGCUGGGAAAACGGCACGAGCUUCCAGAACAUGUCCAUAUGCUGGGUGCGGAGCCCCGUGCUGCACAGCGUCCUGGUCAUGGGCUACGGCGGCCUCACAUCCCUCUUCAACCUGGUGGUGCUGGCCUGGGCACUGUGGACCCUGCGCAGGCUGCGGGCCAGGGCGGAGGUGCGGAGUGCCCGGGCCUGCCGGGACACUGUCACCGUGCUGGGCCUGGCCGUGCUGCUGGGCUCCACCUGGGCCUUGGCCUUCUUCUCCUUCGGUGUCUUCCUGCUGCCCCAGCUGUUCCUCUUCACUAUCUUCAACUCUCUGUAUGGUUUCUUCCUCUUCCUGUGGUUCUGCUCCCAGAAAUGCCACUCCGAGGCCGAGGCCGAGGCCGAGAUGGAGGCCUUCAGCUCCUCCCAGACAACCCCUCAGCCUCGGCAGUUGGCUGCAGACCGCAUCUGGAAACGCUGCGGUCACCUGUCUGCGGGCGUGAGGCGCCCUCUGGAGGGACUGAGCCCGCAGAACCGCUCCUGCGGAGUGACCGGCACGCAGAAAGGCCAUUUGUCUCUCUUCCCAGCGAGGCCGUGCGCUGUCCUCUUGCCAGCUGUGCCCCAGGCAUACCUGGCACCAAGGGAGCACCUCACCACAGCUGCUCCACUUAAGGCGUCUCCCCAGGUUCCUGCUGCCAGCCAGCGCCUCCACCAGAAGCCCCCAGGGGUCUACCUUGGGAACUCGAAGGGCCCAGGGCUCUGA